AUGGAUGAGGAUAAGCUUCUGUCUGUACUACCUGUGGAAAGUGGUGCUGCCUGGGACCCCAGCUUGGAGCCCGAGGAAGAACCUGAGGUCCAGAAUGGAAUGGCAUACAGUCAGGACCUGAACAGUAGCUACAACAGCCCAGCUCAUGAGAUGAGAGGCACUCUGGUGGACACUGAGGAGCCCACACAGGGCCCGGACAUGGCUCUCCAUAGUCUCAGCCUUGGCCUUUCCUUCACCAAUGGCCUAGUUCUGGGGCCAGACUCAAAUAUUCUGGAAGAUUCUACAGAGUCCAGACCCUGGAGGGCUGGUGGGCUGGCAGAGGGGGACAAUGUUUCCAAGAAUCUCUGUCUGGACACUGAGGACACUCAGCUGGGGCCGGGUGGCCCGGGAGAGCCGGAUGUGCGGGACGGCUUCAGUGCCACAUUUGAGAAGAUCGUGGAGUCAGAUCUGCUUCGGGGAACCCAGUACAGCAGCCUCGACUCCCUGGAUGUGUUGAGCCUCACGGAUGAGAGUGACAGUUGUGUCAGCUUUGAGGCCCCCCUAACACCCCUCAUCCAGCAGCGGGCCCGUGAUAGCCCCGAGCCAGGGGCCAGCUUGGGCACUGGGGACAUGGGGCCUGAGGGGGACGUGGGAGCAGCUGGUGGUGAUGGGGAGCUGGGCAGCCCCCUGCGAUGCUCCAUCUCCAGCAGCCGAUCAGAGAACGUCCUGAGCCGCCUGUCUCGCACAGCUGUGCCCAAUGGCUUCCAUGAAGAUGGACCCCGGGGUCCAGGUGGGGAUGAGGAGGAGGAGGAGGAGGAGGAGGAGGAGGAGGAGGAGGACACAGACAAGUUGCUGAACUCAGCCAGCGACCCCAGCCUAAAGGAUGGCUUUUCAGACUCGGACUCAGAACUGAGCAGCUCGGAGGGGCUGGAGCCGGGCAGUACAGACCCACUGGCCAACGGGUGCCAGGGUGUCAGUGAGGCAGCUCGCCGGCUGGCCCGCCGCCUCUACCACCUCGAGGGCUUUCAGCGCUGUGACGUUGCCCGGCAGCUAGGCAAGAACAAUGAGUUCAGCAGGCUGGUGGCCGGGGAGUAUCUCAGCUUCUUCGACUUCUCGGGCCUGACCCUGGACCGAGCGCUCAGAACCUUCCUGAAGGCCUUCCCGCUGAUGGGGGAGACGCAGGAGCGUGAGCGGGUCCUGACGCACUUCUCCCGCCGGUACCGCCAGUGCAACCCGGAGGACAGCACCUCGGAAGAUGGGAUCCAUACACUCACCUGUGCUCUGAUGCUGCUCAACACGGACCUGCAUGGACAUAACAUUGGCAAAAAGAUGUCCUGCCAGCAAUUCAUUGCCAACUUGGACCAGCUCAAUGAUGGCCAAGACUUUGCCAAAGACCUGCUGAAGACCCUUUACAACUCUAUCAAGAAUGAAAAGCUGGAAUGGGCCAUUGAUGAGGACGAGCUGAGGAAAUCACUGUCUGAGCUGGUGGAUGACAAGUUUGGGACAGGCACCAAGAAAGUGACACGGAUCUUGGAUGGUGGCAACCCCUUCCUGGAUGUCCCGCAGGCUCUCAGCGCUACCACCUACAAGCAUGGUGUGCUGACUCGGAAGACUCACGCCGACAUGGAUGGCAAGAGGACACCCCGUGGGAGGCGUGGCUGGAAGAAAUUCUACGCGGUGCUCAAAGGGACCAUCCUGUAUCUACAGAAGGAUGAGUACAGGCCUGACAAAGCUCUGUCCGAGGGCGACCUGAAGAAUGCCAUUCGCGUGCACCAUGCUCUGGCUACCAGGGCCUCCGACUACAGCAAGAAGUCCAAUGUGCUCAAGCUGAAGACAGCUGACUGGAGGGUCUUCCUCUUCCAGGCACCGAGCAAGGAAGAAAUGCUGUCCUGGAUCCUUAGGAUCAACCUGGUAGCCGCCAUCUUCUCAGCCCCCUCCUUCCCUGCUGCUGUCAGCUCCAUGAAGAAGUUCUGUCGGCCCCUGCUGCCCUCCUGCACCACUCGCCUCUGCCAGGAGGAGCAGCUGCGUUCUCAUGAAAAUAAGUUGAGGCAGGUGACUGCGGAGCUGGCUGAGCACAGGUGUCACCCCAUCGAGAAGGGUGUCAAGUCCAAGGAGGCUGAGGAGAACCGGCUGAAGGAGCACUAUCUCACUUUUGAGAAAAGCCGUUAUGAGACCUAUAUCCACCUCCUGGCUGUGAAAAUCAAAGUGGGUUCAGAUGACCUGGAGCGGAUUGAGGCCCGACUGGCCACUCUGGAAGGGGACGACCCUUCUCUGCGCAAGACACACUCAAGCCCCGCCCUCAGUCAGGGCCAUGGGACUAUGACUGGCAGCAGAGCUACAAAGGAUACCACAGGGCCUGACACUUAGCUGGUGUGGAUGGGCAGGCCCCAGAGGCAGGCAAAUGUCCCUAGAGGGGUCAGUGAGCACAAUUCCAGCCAGGGGCCACUCGCGCCAGCUCCAGGCAGUUGACAGGCAGCCAGAGGGGUGUAGAGAGCCCUGUGGCCCAGGGAGAUGGAGAUGUUCUUUGUGGCGCUGAUCUUCUUGCUUCCUA